AUGUCGGCAUUGGUGCUAGAAGGUAUAACUCUGGGACAAAAACAUGAGAAUUAUAACAUACUCGUAAAUACAGCUUCAGCCAACGAAAAAUUAAAAUUGAAAAGCAUUGAUUACGAUGAUAACGACAUCGAUAAUUUAUUUAAAAUAGAUGUUGCGUGUUUACGGCAAGACGUGCGUUACUUGAUAGACAUAUUGAAAUGUAGCGACAUGUUCUACGUGUCCUACGCGCUUCGGCAUUCCGAAUGGCUCUUCUCCGAUGAUCACUAUGCGCACAUAAUCAACCCAUCUUACUUACAUCAAGAGCUAUUCCCCAAAAUGAUCAAAAAAGCGCAAAAUAAACUACUCCAUUCCAUAAGACUCAAUCUGAGAAAUGCUAAGCGCGUUGACGAAUUUUUCAAUUAUUUUAAAUCAAAUUUCGAAAUUGCCCAAAAAUGGUUACCUCAUUGUUCUGAAACUCUUAUUAUUAGUAUCGUGAAAGAAGAAGGAAAAAAAAUAAGCGUUAGUAUAAUGCAUCGUUUGUGCAGAAAGUCAUUGGCAAUUUUAAAAACUUGUUGUGAAACGUGUCCUUCAGACCUUUGGCUAAAAAGUGGUAAAUCAUUAUUGUACACCGAUAUAAAAGAAUAUUUGGAAAUCCUGAAUUCUGUUGAAGAGAUGUAUAUACCUCAAUUUGGGAAAAAAGCUACACGUUUUUUGAUGGAUAAAUAUCCAGAGGUGAUUCAAGAGAAUUUUCACAAAUAUUGUUACAUAAUUGACAUACCUGAAUUUGCGAAACAUUUAAAAGUUAAAGAGAUAAAAACUUUUUUAACAAAACAAUUACACAGUGAUAGAGAUAAAAUACGUUCAUGGUGUAAGUAUAAGUAUAUGAAACAUAUAGUUGAACGCAUACCAAUGGAAGAACGGUUUCAAGUUGUACAAGAAUUAUUUUUGAACAGUGAAAAAGAAACUAUUAUAAGUGAUGAUAAAUCUGAAGUUAAUGAUGAGACAAAGGAGAAUUUUUAUUCGUGGUAUCGUUAUGUUCCUUUCGAAAUCGCUAUUCAUAAAAUAAAAGGCACAAUGAUAGAUUUAUCAUCCACAAAUACCAUUAUAGACGCAAGUAUUCGUCCGUGGGCUAUCAGAGUACUAGUGACAUGUGCUGCUGGGAAUAUGCAACAUAUACAGACACUACUACGCUGCUACCAAGAGGAUCACACUAAAAGUAUUUACGAUGAACAUAUAAGCUUAAUCUUAGUAAGGGUCACAAAAACAUACAAAUAUGAUGAAACUACGUGGAAUAUGCUGAACAAGAUUUUCCUAAAUAUGGGUAUUUAUGACGAUAGACAGAUAAUUGACCCAACCAUUUACAAUUACUGUAUUCCAGCUAUUAUUUUACAUAACAUUCUUCAUGAUCAACGCAUACCUGAAGUUAUAGAUAAGAAAAUAUCAUUAGAUUAUUUUACAAAUUACCAUCAAAAAUUAGCACCUGAAGAAAGCGAUAAGGUGUUUACAUACUUGUAUAAACACGUAUUAAGAAAAUUAUCUAAUAAAGAAAUUGAAAAUAUAAAUGAUUUGGUUACUUUGAUUAAUAUAUGCGACGAUUUCCUCAGAUUUUUGAAGACCUGGAAUAAAACCAUCGAAAAGUUUCCAUCAGUAAUGGAUAAAAUUCGUGAGUUAGUAAAACUCAUAAAAGAUAAUUCAUGGAGCACAGAUUCUCUUGUUUGCAGUGCAUUUACUAAUUUGUAUAGAAAACACAACAGUGUUAAAAAACAAUUCUUUGUAGAUUACUUGGUCUUAUACCAGAGUGAUCAAACUUAUCUAAACACAUUAAAAUAUUAUCCAGAUAUAUUAAUAGGAGACCAGACCAAGAUUGAAAUGAUAAUUGCGAACGACACACGAUCGUUGCGACGAACACUGGGCAAGCUGCGGGUCUACUGGCCAAGUUCCAUAGUUGAGCCGUUAACCGACUUAUGUUUCACGAGAUUGCUUCAAACUACGAAUAACAAAGCCUGUAUAGAAAGCCUCUUUAUUCUGCUUCCUCGCAGGGAAUCUUUGAAACUUAUAGAAAAAUAUGUACCAACAGUUGAUAAAAUAAAUUGGAAAGAGGAAACUAGUACUAUACCAUUUAACAUAAGGAAAAAUAUUUGUCGAUGUAUUCAUCUAUUACGCCCCACGGCUAGUCUCGAUACUGUGUUUUUGUACACAAAAGGAGAUUACUUUAGGUUUACAGGUUCGCUAUUUUACGAUAUUCUCCUUACUACACGGUACGAUCAAGCUUCUACAAACAUAUUAAAUUUUUUAGUGGAGCCUGGUGGUAUUCAGAAGCUAGGAAUACGAUAUUUAUUAAAAAAUUUAGAAAUAGAAGAAGUUAAAAGAAUUAUCCUAUCUGUAUGGAAUGAAGCCUGCCAUUCUGUAAAAUGUGGUUUAUUCAAACACACUUAUAAACUUUUAAUAAGAGAAGAAGAACAAAAAAUGAUAGAAAAAAUUUGGGACCUUUUAAGUUUAUUGUUUGAUAAUUUAACCCCAAAAUUUUAUGCAUCUGUCAAAACAAAAGCAGACAAGUUUAGUAAGGUACCCAAACUUGUGAAGCAUAAAUUUUACAUGAAAUGUUUCCAAUAUUUGAAAUCACACCCUUUGUCGAAGACGAGAGAAUUGUUCGAGGAAUUCUUUUCAUACAUGAGAUUUAACGUUGAAGUAUUCGAGAUUAGUUUUAUGGAAGAAGUAUUGGUAGAUGCCAUUGAUAACUAUUUAAUUGAUGAGAAUUAUUAUACUGGUAACUGUCGUGAUGAUAUUUUACGAGCGUUUACAGGAUAUUUGACGAUCAAUGAUAGUAUUGAAAGUCAACAAAUAAAAUUUGAGAAAAUGUUUCUGCCAGUUUUGAAACGUUUUUCAACAGUGUGGCAGGAUCACAGAGAGAAGUUUAAGAAAGUUUUGGAAAGCCUUUCCUUAAAUGUUUCAAAGCGAUUAUUAAAAACUCAAAAAUAUGUUGUUCCAACGCAUUUAUUCAAAAAAAUACAAACCAGCAUUACGGAAUCAUUCUUAUUGGAAAAAGAAUAUAAUAUAACAACACUUUGGAAUAUUACAGUGAUAUUUAUAGAAUUGCUUGAAAAAUUUUCUAAUACUGAAAAAUUCCUUAGCAUUUGUGAAACCAUGGAUCAAGGUAAAUAUUAUCGUUACCAAUACGAGUGUCCUGAGUUUGGAGAAAUUUAUUCUUGUAUAGCACCAGAAUUUGGGAAAGCUUGUUUAAAAUAUUUUGUACAAGAGAACAUAAUAUCCACGUAUCCUUUUCUUUGGCCGCUGGCAUCAAAAUCAAUGAUGGAUGCAUUUAUAUCGCUCAGUUUCCCAUACUCAGUCAUAAAUCAAACUUUAAAACAUAUGCUGCUUGAUGAAGAUUCUACAGAAAUUAAGGCAUGUUACCUUAUUGUCAUCGGAGUUGUUCGUUAUAUGUAUAUAAAUUCAGGGAACGGUGAAUACUAUUUUAGUUUUGAUGAGGAAUUGAAAAACAUGAUAUUGUCUCAUCCUUCAAAAGUCAUCAGGACGCACUUCCGUCAUUGCGAUUUGCCAACUACAGAUUAUUUUUAUGAAGAUACCAACUCUAAUUGGCGUCGUCCUGGCCUUAUGUAUCAAGGCGGUCCAAAUGAUUCAGAGACAUAUUAGACAGUCAAAUAUUUAUCAUAGAUACUCACAUAAUAUCUUGGAUAUUGGCAUCUACUGCGUGCAUAUGAGAUUUGUUUACAUAGAUUAAAACUGAUACAAUCUGUAUCUGUUACUUUGUUUUUUCUGUUUUAUCCAGCUGUCAAAAAACCAACUGGAAAAAGACCUGUUGACCAAACUAAUCUAUCUAACCACUGAGUAAAAGCAUCUUGAAGAGGAAAUACCUAUUUUAUUGCCCAACAAAGAGCAGCAAGAGGAGCACAGAGCGGAAAAUAUCUAAAGAACAAAUAAGUCUUUUUUUAGUAUUUAAUCAAUUUGUUUUUCGAAGAGUUUAUCAACUGUGAAAAUUAGACCAUAAGGUUUGAGUAGUUCUGUUUUACGUAUUAAUGCAAUGAUCACCUGCUUAAUAUGUCAAAGAAACAUACAUUUUUGUAUAAUAUAGUUUGCCAGGUUAUAUUGUAUCACAUUAAACUAAUAUUAUACAAUCUAAGUAUACAAAGUCAUAUGGUUAUUUAUCAAACAUGUAAAGAAGUGUAAUUGAAAAAAUACCUGAUCUUAUAUUUACUAUUACAAUAUUUUAAUUUGCUUCUUUCUGUUCGAGUACCCAUUAUCUGUUAUAGGAGUUACGUUUAAGUUGUAAAUAAGAAACCUGUUUUUAGCCUUAGUAUCCAAUGUUAUACUUAUUUUAGUACGAUAUUGUAACGCUGUUGGUUUGUAAAUAAAUAAGUCAAAAUAUUAUUCUU